AUCACCGUUAUCAUUGUGGAAGCGGAACUGUUGGGGUUACUAACAGUUUCCGGCCGGAGCAUAACACUGUGAACACAAAAUGGCGACCUCCUUGCUGCGGUUAGGGCGACUGGGUUCCCUGAAGUGUCUCCACCAGGAGAGCUGGCGCAUCCUGAGGAGCCCGGCUGCUCUGUUCUGCUCCCGGACUGAAGGGCCCCCUCAGUCAGCAGAGAGGCCCCCACAGUCAGCUGAGAGGGGAGAGGCUGCAGGCAAGACAGCAGAGGUUCAAGAUGAGAGAGCAACCUUGCUAGCCUACAAGACAGCUGUGACCUUCCCAGUUAGACUUUCAGAGCCUGGAGUUUUCCUAACACAGGGUGUAGGUGCAACUGAAUCCGUGGCGAGCCCCAUUGCAGCUGCAGAAACAGGUGUAGCUGCUGCUCAGGUUAUCAACACAGCAACUACACCUGUAGUUGAUGCAGCCCCCCCAGCUGCUGAGCACCUGGUUGAUGCAAGUGAAACCUCAGCACCAGAAGACCCUCCAGUUGCAGCCUCCACCGCAAAUGAUGCAGUCGCAGCCCCUACUGCAGAAGAUGCAGUCGCAGCCCCCACCGCAGAAGAUGCAGUUGCAUUCUCUCCUACAAAUGAUGCAGUCGCAGCCCCCACCACAAAUGAUGCAGUCGCAGCCCCCACCGCAGAAGAUGCAGUUGCAUUCUCUCCUACAAAUGAUGCAGUCGCAGCCCCCACCACAAACGAUGUAGUCGCAGCCCCCACCACAAACGAUGUAGUCGCAGCCCCCACCACAAACGAUGUAGUCGCACCUUCCACCACAAACGAUGUAGUCGCAGCCCCCACCGCAGAAGAUGCAGUUGCAUUCUCUCCUACAAAUGAUGUAGUCGCAGCCCCCACCACAAACGAUGUAGUCGCAGCCCCCACCGCAGAAGAUGUAGUCGCAGCCCCCACAGCAGACAAUGCAGUUGCAUUCUCUCCUACAAACGAUGUAGUCGCAGCCCCCACCACAAACGAUGUAGUCGCAGCCCCCACCACAAACGAUGUAGUCGCAGCCCCCACAGCAGACAAUGCAGUCGCAGCCUCCACUACAGACGAUGCAGACGCAGUUUCCACAGCCUUCUCUGAGCCGGUUGAUCCUGCAGCUGAUGGAUCAUCCUCCUCAUCAUCCAGCGACUCGGACUCUGACUCCGACUCUGACUCUGAGGUCAAGAAUUUAGAAAAGGCUGAAACCAAGACCCCCCUACCAGAAGUGUCGUAUUCCAGUGUGCAACAAAUAGCAGACGUCCAGGAGGUUGCAUCAGAUGUAAAGGAUGGCACAAAUGAAGUGAAGAAGGAAGUUCCCCCAGAACCUGAAGCUACCUGUUCAGCAGCGGCAGCAGAAGCUGCUCAAGCUCCAGCCACCAUCGAGGCACCCAGUGUUAGCUCUGAGGAGUUAGUAGACCCAGCUCCUGAGAUCUGCACUGCCACCGGGGACACUGUGACCAGCCCAGAAGUUUCAGCUGAAGUGGAACCCGCUCCAGAAGUAAUAAAAGAUGACCAGGUACAAACUUCAGCCGAAGUUGUGAUUGAAGCUUCAACUUCAGAAAAAGCCCAAACAGAUGUUCCUGUAGAUGCCACAGAGCCCCCCUCUGCUGAAGAUCCCGCAGAAGCUGCCGAAGCUCUUGUAAAAGCUACUGAAGCUGAUCCUGUAGAAGCUGAAGUGGCUGCAGAGUCUGUAGAAGCUGAAGUGGCUGCUGAGGCUGCAGCUGAAGUUUCUGCCCUUGUGAAGAGCACCGAGGACCUGGUGGACCCGGCCCCUGCCAUAGCUCAAGCUGCCCCCGCUGAGGCUGGAGCAGAAGCUUCUGCCCCUGAGGAGCUGGUGGACCCAGCUCCAGUUUUAGCUGAAGCCUCCCCUGCAGAAGCUGCAGUUGAAGACACUGAGCCUGUGCAGGGCACAGAGGAGCUGGUGGACCCGGCUGCAGUUGAAGCUGAAGCUGCCCCUGCAGGAGAUGCUGCAGGGCCUGUAGAAGCUGAAGCUGCCCCCACUGGAGUGGCUGCUGAGGCUGCAGCUGGAGGUUAUGUCCCUGAGGAGAGCCCAGAAGAGCUGGUGGACACAGCUCCAGUCAUAGCUGAAGCUGCAGGAGAGGAGCUGCUGGCCGAGGCCCCAGUUGAAGCAUCUGAGGAGGCUGCAGCACCUCCAGAGCCCAAUGAGCCUUUUGACAACAGCACUUAUAAAAACAACCAGCACCACAACUAUACCCCCUUCACGUUUGCAGACCUGGAUGUAGAGAUGGCUAAAUUCCGCCUCCCGCAGCCCUCCUCCAUCAGACACUAGACGAGUUGGCUUCGCUGCAAACCUUUAUAUUGUUUAAAGAUCAUGGUGAUGGUGAAGAUCUUUUUAUUGUGAUUACCUGUCAGUUAUGCAUAAUAAUAAUAAUAUGCUGUUAAAAUGUUAUAUCAAUAAAGUACAUGCAUUAAAAAUAUCA